AACAGCGUGACACUUCCUGCGCUUAGGGGAUCCAACGUGACUUUUUGGCUUCAGCAAAAGUUAACCGAAAACCGGAGUGGAGAGUUCACGUCAUCAUCCUUCUAAACCAUGUAACCUAGUGUUUUAAAAUUGCAUUUGGCACAAUGUUAGUUAAAACCAUCCGGUUUCUGUGUGUACGAGAGUGUGCGGCAGACCGGUUUAGUCCAUAAAUCGGAUCUGCACUCGCCACUAUUUCAUGUUGCUAACCUCAGUACAGUGGGGUGCGAGAGUGCAAAUCGUAUUAUUAUUUAGUACAGCAUCUUUGUAAUAUCGGGGGUUUGAGAUAACCCCACAGAGCGAGUAGAGUGUCGGUUUCCUGUCGCUAUGGUGUUCUUCACGUGCAACGCAUGUGGCGAGUCGCUGAAGAAAGCUCAGGUGGACAAGCAUGUGUUCAUCUGCAGGGGCUGUGAGGUUUUAUCGUGUAUUGACUGUGGAAAAGAUUUCUGGGGAGAUGAUUAUAAAAAUCACACCCAGUGCAUCAGUGAAGACCAGAAGUAUGGUGGUAAGGGAUAUGAGGCCAAAUCAAAGAAGGGAGACGUGAAACAGCAGCAGUGGAUUCAGAGAAUUCACGAAGCAAUGAAUAAACCAGGCAUUAAUCCAAAGCUGAAGGAUGUUCUUAAUCAAGUCAGCUCCUACGAGAAUGUGCCAAGGAAGAAGGCAAAGUUUCAGAACUGGAUGAAGAACAGUUUAAGGAUCCACAGUGCUGCCUUGCAAGAUCAAGUGUGGGAGAUCUUCUCAGCAGCCAGUGGCUCGCAGCCUGAGAGCGAGUCACGAUGGGAGAGUGAGUCGCAACAGGAGAGCGAGCCACAGCGGUUGGCCCAGGACAAGGCCCCGAAGGCGCGGCAGAAUGGCAAUGGGACUGCAGCCCCAUUGCAAAAGAAGAGCAAACAGGAGCGCAAGGAGGACAGGCGGCAACGAUCCGGCCUUUAUGGUGUGGGGGCGGAGGACGAAGGCGAUUCCACUGAGAGGACGAAGAAGAAGAAGAAGAGGAAGAGGGGUGAGGAGGACAGCAAUGCUGCUGAGGGAGAAGGGCACACCAAAAAACAGAAGAAGCACAAACCAAAUGGCACAGGAGAGUACCUCUUGGCCAUUGAGGAUGAGGAGAAAGCUGAAGAGGAUGAAGGCCAGCCCAGUAGCAAAGGUAAAUUUAAUUGGAAGGGAACCAUGAAAGCAAUUCUGAGACAGUCCCCGGAGGAAGGAAUAUCAAUAAAGAAACUGAAAAAAAAGGUCCUAGCAGAAUAUUACACCUUCACCGGAGAGGGGAACUUCCGGUCCGAGGAAGAGCUGAUAUCGCUCUUCAACAAGAAAGUCAACAACAACCCCAAGUUUCGUGUCCUCAAGGACAAAGUCAGACUUGUGAAAUGAUUUCCUUGGUGCCUGACCGUAAAGGUGACUGUAGACCAACAUGCACAUUCUGCCUUAGUACAUGCUGUCAUUAGCUGAGUUUUUAAAUAAAUUUUCAAACAAA